AUGCCCCUAACCCUCCUCUCCUUCCACCACUUCCACUCCCCCCUCAAGCUCUCCGCCCUCCACACACUAACACGCACCCACACCGGCCCCACCAGCGGCCUCUACCUACAAGGGCGUCCGGGCGCCCUCCUCAUCUCCUCGCCCUCCGUGCCGGCGCUCCACGCCUACGUCAGGGCCGUGAAACGCAUGCGCUGGCAGCGCGUGCACAACCUCGGCACGAGCGAGGACCAAGACCACCUGCUGCGCCUGCCGCCGGGCGCGCUGGUAAGGGUGGGCGAGAUGCGCGGGCUGGUGGGCGCCGCGGGGGAGCAUGGUGGCGUGGGGGCGGGGGAGUGGGUGAGGGGGGCGGUGAGGCGGGGGUUUGGGGGUGCGGGUGGGUUGAGGUGA